GAAGGGAAACGCCACAGCGGUAACAAUUUGGCGGGAAAUGAUCUAUCCUGGGUGACGCCAGCGCGACUCUACGACUGGCGCUACCGAGCGCUGCAUAGCUCAGUUGUAGUCGGCAAGCUGCUCGUCGCCCGUUACAACAGCAACUCACCAAACUACUCCAAGUAUGCAGCAUGCAUGAUCGGAGGCCGCCAGGGGUUGAGAGAGAUCCAGGACGACGUCAGCAGCUUCGAUGGCGCUCUAGUCAGAGCCCCCGCCUGGGACAUCCUGCACCUCAUACCAUGGAUCUCGAGAUCGCUGCUCAGCAACUGAUCACCACUGCAAACGGCAGGCUACGCGCUACGCAGUUAUCCAUCCUCGUCACCGAGGUCCUGCGACAAUAUGACGCCCAAGACGGCGUCGAAGACAGCAUCAUCAGCCAAUCCGACCAAUACCACUUCGACAUGUCCAGGAUCAUCUGCUUCUGCCCUUCCCACUGCCUCACCCGCACGCAAGCCGACACCGCCGGCAAUAUAUUGGGCGACUACAUUGUCAAAAGCGAUGGUCGAACCGGACAAUUCACAACGGCUUCACCCUCAGCUCGCUUCGAAGAACAUUGGUUUGUCUACUUCGACCCUGACGCCUCCCUCGCCAAGUACGAAUUCAGCUACGAGCGUUAUUUCCUCGACAACUUCACGUCCACCAAAACCCCCCUACACCUGGCAAAAAUACCGGGACCAAAGUCGUGCUGGACUCAAAACAGACAAACCCGGGCCAAGCUACCGCCAACGACUUCGAUGCCCUUUCAUUUCACCGAAAUCACGGUGGGGAAAAUCAUUAUGUACUAUGGCCGCGCCGACGGCUUGAUAUGUCCCAAGGCGUUGCUAGCCUACUACAACACUGCCAUUUCUUCUAUGAACAUUUCAUCAAAAGAAACUCGCUCUUGGCUCCCCUAGUUCAAUGUCCCGGGCAUGCAACACCGCUACUUCGGCAACCGAUUAACGCUCCUUGGGACUAUGGCGUGCCGGGGCAGGCUUUGCAGCUACAGAUGCUGCCGGCGUUGGAUACGGUGCU